GUUUUAGGAUGCAGUGACCUAUGAUGAUGUGCAUGUGAGCUUCACUCGGGAAGAGUGGGCUUUGCUGGAUCCUUCCCAGAAGACUCUCUACAAAGACGUGAUGCUGGAGACCUACAGGAACCUCAUUGCUAUAGGCUAUAACUGGGCAAACCACAAUAAUGAAGAACAUUGUCAAAGUUCUAGAAGACAUGGAAGGCAUGAAAGAAAUCACACUGAAGAGAAACCCUCUGAGUAUACUGAGCAUGGUGAAGCCUUUGCAUGUCACAGUGAUCUCCAAAUACAUAAGAGAACACACACUGGAGAGAAGCCCUAUGAGUGUAACCAAUGUGGGAAAGCCUUUGCAUGUCACCGUGACCUCCUAAUACAUAGAAGGACACAUACUCAAGGACACCUAAGGAAACCUUACAAAUGUUAUCGAUGUGGUAAAGCCUAUUCACAACAUAGUAGUCUCUGCAGACAUAAAAGAACACAUACUGGAGAGAAGAAACUCUAUGAAUGUAACCAAUGUGGGAAAGCCUUUGCACACCCCAGAACUCUCCAGAGACACAAAAGAAAACACACUGGAAAGAAACCUUAUGGAUGUAAUCAGUGUGGUAAAGCCUUUGCAUGCCGUAGUCAUCUUCAAAGGCAUGAACGAAUUCAUACUGGAGAGAAACCCUAUGAAUGUAAUCAGUGUGGGAAAUGUUUUGCACUUCAAAGUCAUCUUCAAAAUCAUGAAAAAAUUCAUACUGGAGAGAAACCCUAUAAAUGUAAUGAGUGUGCUAAAGCCUUUGCACGUCACAGUUCUCUCUUAUUGCAUAAAGGUACACAUACUGGAGAGAAACCCUAUGAAUGUAACCAAUGUGGGAAAGCUUUUGCACAUCACCGUGAUCUCCUAGUACAUAAAAGAACACAUACUGGAGAGAAACCCUAUAAAUGUAAUCAGUGUGGUAAAGCCUUUGCACAACACAGUAGUCUCCGCAGACAUAAAAGAACACAUACUGGAGAGAAACCUUACAAAUGUAAUCAGUGUGAUAAAGCCUUUAUACAAUGUGGUAGUCUCCUAAUCCAUAAAAGAACACAUACUGGAGAGAAACCCUAUAAAUGUAAUCAAUGUGAUAAAGCCUUUUCACAACACAGUAGUCUCCGCAGACAUAAAAGAACACAUACUGGAGAGAAACCCUAUGAAUGUAACCAAUGUGGGAAAGCCUUUGCACAACCCAGAACUCUCCAAAGACAUGAAAGAACACAUACUGGAGAGAAACCCUAUGAAUGUAAUCAGUGUGGUAAAGCCUUUGCACGUCACAGUCAUCUUCAAAGGCAUGAACGAAUUCAUAUUGGAAAGAAACCCUAUGAAUGUAAUCAAUGUGGGAAAGCCUUUGCACAUCACAGUCAUCUUCAGAUUCAUGAAAGAAUACAUACUGGAGAGAAUCCCUAUAAAUGUAACCUAUGCACUCAAGCCUUUGCAUGUCACACUUCUCUCUUACUACAUAAAAGAACACAUACUGGAGAAAAACCUUAUGAGUGUAAUCCGUGUGGUAAAGUCUUUGUAUCUCACAGUCAUCUUCAAAGGCAUGAAAGAACUCAUACUGGAGAGAAACCUUACAAAUGUGAUCAAUGUGAGAAAGCCUUCGGACAUCUCUAUAGUCUCCAAACACAUAGAAGAACACACACUGGAGAGAAACCCUAUGAAUGUGAUCAAUGUGGGAAAGCCUUUGCAUGUCAGAAUUCUCUCUUACUACAUAAAAAAAUACAUAAAGGAGAGAAACCAUAUGAGUGUGAUCAAUGUGGUAAAGCCUUUGCAAGUCACAGUUAUUUCCUAAUACAUAAAAGAACACACACUGGAGAGAAACCCUAUGAAUGUAAGCAAUGUGGUAAAGCCUAUGCAUGUAGCAAGAGUCUCCGAAAUCAUGAGAAAAAGCAAUACUGCAGAGAAACCCUAAAAAUGUAGUCAGUGUGGUAAAUUUUGCACUUCGUGUUACCUUUAUACAAGAGUAAAACCUUCAGUGUGUAAUCAACCUGUUAAU